UGACAGAGUGGGAAAGCCUCGCCUUUUUUGUUUGGUGUUCACAGUAAAGACGUUAACUCCAACACACAAACUCGACUGUAAUAAAGAAGGAAAUUACUUUGAAGACAUGUUGCUAUUGUACGUUACUACUGUUUGGUGCGUCUUGUUUGGUGGUGAGUAUAAAUCAUACAGCCUCGCAGAAGGAAUGCUACAGGUUCAGUUUUUUCAACAGCAAAGUCAUCUCGCUUUGCCAGACCUUACUCCUCAUCUCAGCGGAGGAGGGUCUGGCUAGACCACACAGCAUCCCAGGACGUAAUGGGAGAAGAAUGUGCUCUGGUUUAUUGGCAUUUCUUUAAACCAAUGAUAAUCGUCCUGGGCAGCGCUAAGCACUGCAAGGAGCCCCAGUGCCGUUGGAAAAUAGCCUAGAAGUCUUCCACAUAUCCAGAGGUUCAUCUGCUGAGGUUUACCAAAGAAGUGAAUGCUAUGGCCAAUUUGUGAGAUUCCCAUAUACUUAUACGCCACCUCAUUUUAAUGGACAGUUGUACUUCACUCCGAAGAAGGGUGGAUCCAGGAAGCUAGUGAUGGAUAAGGAUGAAGCUAAGGACCCACGACUCAAAAUUUCCAUUGGCUCAGUUGUACUCACAGAUUUGACAGAAAGAGAUGAGGGAAUGUUUUCUGUCUCAUUUGCCAAUGCUAUGCCAUACGAUAUUAUCAAUCUGGAAAUUUUGGAUUGUGCUUACGAGGCGUAUAAAAAAUACGGGACCUCAUAUGGCACUGUUAUUCCUGGACAAACUGAAUACAUAGAGUUCCUUCACUUUCACAGUAAGGACCUGCCGAUAGUCCUAUGGAAUCUCUCCGACCCUCAGGCCAAUAAAGGAAGCAGAUGGCGGAUGAGGGGUUUAAUCUGGGAGAUUAUGUAUCUCACUUAUGCAGAUGGCGGCUACUACAACUUCAGAAAAAAAGACAAAACAGUGCUAACUAGGGAACGGAUUCGAGUAUUAGUGAAUGACAGACGCUAUUCAACAAAGGUGAAAACGCAGUUCGUCAUUGAUAUUCCUCCGGGGGAUGCCACGUGGACUGUGACUUUUACAACGUCAGGGGGAGAUAAAAAGAACACAUUGAUGGAAGCAGGCAAUUUGGUCACAGACAAUAGGAGGAUUCGGAUCAUGCCUGAGGGCAUAGAGAUUAAUCCUGUAAAUAUCUCAGAUUCUGGCACCUUUGAGUUCAGAGACCAGCAAGGUGUCCUGGUUCAGACUGUGGAGUUGGUGGUAGAGGAAGAACCUCCUCCUGUCCUUCAACCAUAUGUUUAUAUUGCAAUCACCGGCGGGAUUAUCUUUGCGAUGGUUUUCUGCUGUUGCUGUGUGAAAAGCUGCUGUUGUAAUAACAGCUCUUCCAAAAUGGACGAGUCUGCUCCUCAGACUGCAGCCGCAACUGAUGUUUAUUACCAUGAUUCUAUUCAACCUGAAGGCCCAAGUUACUCUGCUGCACCUGCUCCAGAUAACUCUUAUCAGCCAAUGAAUUCCUUUGUUUCUGGAGAACAUACAACUACCCCCCUUGAGCCAUCGGUUGAAUCUCUAGGUGAGCAGGGAGGCGAUCCAGCUCCUACACUUGGCUCUGAUUGUUGCUCCUCAGACCCUGUGCCCAAGUUUGAGCUCAAUAGACAGUACAUUCCCUCUGCACUCCCCCUCGUUUCAGACUCAACUUCCUGUGACGUUUACACCUCAGAUAAACUCAACUUCAACUUUCUGUAAGGGGCACAAGGUAAAUUAAAGUAAUGCAGAGUAGAAUUUACAGUUGUGCGCAGGCAUGGCAAGAGUACUCACUUUCUGUACUCAAUUAAAAGUACAGAUACUUAAAAAAUACUCUGGUAAAAGUAGAAGUACUGAUUUAACUUAUUUACUCAAGUAAAAGUAACAAAGGACAGGCUUGGAAAUAUACCUAAAGUAUAAAAGUAAAAGUAGUCCCAGCUGAAAAACUCCAGUGGACAUGGAAAAAGGCUCCUUAUAUUACAUUGGCUACAUUUUAAAUGGA